UUUACACAUGUUUCUGUAUCUUAUCUUUUUUACAUUAGAAUUUAACAGAACAGGAGGCAGGUGUUACAGAGUGACUGCAGUGUGUGUGGUGCUGCUGUGUGUUCUCCUACUGACUGCCGUCACAGUGAUGUGGAUCAAAUUCACCAACCUAAAUACAGUAAAAGACCAGUUACAGACCAGUUACAACACCCUGACUAUAGAGAGAGACCAGUUACAGACCAGUUACACCAACCUGACUAUGGAGAGAGACCAGUUACAGACCAGUUACAACAACCUGACUAUAGAAAGAGACCACUUACAGACCAGUUACAACAACCUGACUAUAGAGAGAGACCAGUUACAGACCAGUUACAACACCCUGACUAUAGAGAGAGACCAGUUACAGACCAGGAACAACAACCUGACUAUAGAGAGAAACCAGUUACAGACCAGUUACAAAAACCUGACUAUAGAAAGAGACCAGUUACAGACCAGCUGCAACAAUCUGACUAUAGAGAGAGACCAGUUACAGACCAGCUGCAACAAUCCGACUAUAGAAAGAGACCAGUUACAGACCAGUAACAACAACCUGACUAUAGAGAGAGACCAGUUACAGACCAGUUACACCAACCUGACUAUGGAGAGAGACCAGUUACAGACCAGUUACACCAACCUGACUAUAGAGAGAGACCAGUUACAGACCAGUUACAACACUCUGAUUAUGGAGAGAGACCAGUUACAGACCAGUUACAACAACCUGACUAUAGAGAGAGACCAGUUACAGACCAGUUACAACAACCUGACGAUGGAGAGAGACCAGUUACAGACCAGUUACAACAACCUGACUAUGGAGAGAGACCAGUUACAGACCAGUUACAACAACCUGACUAUGGAGAGAGACCAGUUACAGACCAGUUACAACAACCUGACUAUAGAGAGAGACCAGUUACAGACCAAUUGCAACACCCUAACUAUUGACCUGUUACAGACUAGUUACAACAACCUGUCUAUAGAAAGAGACUAUUUACAGACCAAUUACAACACUCUGACUAUAAAGACAGAUCAAUUACAGACCAGCUGCAACAACCUGACUAUAGAGAGAGUCCAGUUAAAGACCAGUAACAACACCCUUACUUUAGAGAGAGAGCAAUGUCAGUGUAAUUACAUGUUGGUUAUUAAAGAUCUUAAACAAGGAUGGAGAUUCUUCAGCUCUAGUCUUUACUACAUCUCCGCUUACAUGACGAACUGGACUGAGAGCAGACAGGACUGCAGAGAGAGAGGAGCAGACCUGGUGAUCAUAAAGAGUGCAGAGGAACAGGAGUUCAUCAUUAAAUUGCUGGGUGAGAAUAAACAGGCUUGGAUUGGUUUGUUUGACACAGAGGGAAAGUGGAAAUGGGUGGACAGUACAGAACUAACCAGUGGCACUGGGUACUGGAAUAAGGGGGAACCAAAUGGUUAUGCUGGUAAUGAAGACUGUGGUGAAAUCAGGACACAUCCAGAUAUGACAGGAUGGAAUGACAGAAGAUGUUCCGAUACAUCACAGUGGAUCUGUGAGAAAAAUGUUAUUUAGUGGUAAUUUUAGAUUCAGCAGGUAAAUUCGAAAAUACUUCCAAGAAAUAGCAAAUGUGUGGUAUGAGCAGUUGGACCAUUUGUAGUAUCUGUGGAGAAGUGUUUAUCAUGUGACCUGUCAGUUAAACUGCUACCACAUGUUAAUUCACCCAUUUUCUAAUUUAUAAUUCGUAUCUGCUUCAGGUAUGUCACAUGCACAGAUAUCCGAAGCCAUUUGUUCUUGAUACUUUAUAUACGUGAUUAUUUUAUUAAGAUGUGAUCAGUCCACUGAUUUUCUACUGACUUUCUGAAAAACUCUUGUUCUUAUAUUUGUUGUUUCGCUAGAAAAUAGAUGACGCUUAUUAAAUUUAAGAUGUUUCUUGUCUGAGCACACCCUGUUUACAUUUCUGAACAGAACAAAUUUUAGUCAUUAAUUGUAUUUUAUAAUGUUUGGGAAGUUUGAAUAUGAAAAAAAACUAAAACACUAAUAGUACACCCAGAUUAU